AUCACAACGGUUUACAAAUAUGUCGCCCCCGUAGUCUAAAGAAACCCCAAUGGCUAACGUGGAUGAGAUCAAGUUCUUCAAGCUAAUUCUUCGUCAGAUUUUAUGCCUUUUCCUAAUCUUAUCAUUGGUUCGCUCUCAAAACAAUGUCGCUUUUCAGCCUUCCUUUAUCACAACAACUGGGCCGACGGUGACUUCUUUACUGGUCGGAAACCUAACGGAUGUCUCUCUGUAUGUGAGGACAGCAUCACCUUCCAAUACAACAGGAAGCAUUGGCUCUCCAUCAUGUGUAGGUGAAGCAUCACCAUGGGUACUCACAAAGGAGCAGGUGGGAAAGACUGCUGCUCAAAUUCAGCUCAGACUGGAGGGAAAUCUGCAUUUAUGUGGUGAUAACGAGACAGAAACAGACUGCUGUUCAAAGCCCCUGUGCGUCCUGGAGACUGUUCAGGUGUCUGCAUGUGUAGGGGGCUCACCCCAGGCAUCUCUGCUGAUCCAGGCCAGGAUACAUGCCCUGUUGGUCCCUGCUGGUGCUCCAUCUGAUAAUAACACAGUCAUUCCAAAUCAAGUGUACCAACCACUGGGCGCUUGUCCCUGUGACCUCACUGAUGGCGCGUGUGAUGUACGCUGCUGUUGUGACCAGGACUGUUCCCCCGAAGAUUUGAUGCUGUUUGCAUCCCACUGUCUGCCUGGUCCCUUCGGUGGACAGAUCUCUAAAGAUCCAGACUAUCAGUGCUCCCUUCAGUCCUCUGAAAACUCCCCAGAUUGGUUCCCUUUUUUAUGUGUUCAUUCUCCUCCUGAAAACAACCCUUACCUUGGGCUCUUUUACCAAGGACAAACAAUUCCACCUAAACCAGGACCGUCCUUCCAAACGCCUGCUUUGUCAGCUCCAGUGCCAGUUGCUGUUUAUACUCAAGGAAGUCCGAUUUUCACUAUAAACGACCAGUUCUUCACUGUUCCCCAGAUGGUGCUCGGUCGUUGUGUGGACAAUGCUCCUGUAGCAUUUUUGAACAAUUUUGAGGUGAAGUGUGUGACUUUGCUAAACUCCUGUCCAACUGGAGCUCCUUUAAUAACUCUACCUGAGGAUUUGAGGAUUCAAGUGAAGAAUGGCCAAGGAGCUGAUGUUUUGGUGGAUGUUGCUGAGGAAGUGGCCGAUGACCUGAGUCUGUUUAUUUCACAAACAGAUGCUGUGGCUUCUUCAGAUAAGGGUCUGGUAUGUGAGAACGUGACCUUAGCCCUGGAUUAUAUAUUCUACUGGAAAGGAAACGGCAUCACAAGUAUCACACUGACACAGACUGUCGGGACCAUCAGCCUGAAUAGAAGUGUGGUGUUAACCACGAGAUAUUCUGCUGAGUUUCUAAAUGGAGAAUUUCCGGGGGAGCCGAGGUCAGGGAACCCAGGUUAUCAGGCAGGGAAACCCAUCAUUGCUGGAGUUGAGGACAUUUCAGACAACGAUACCAACAAUACAGGCUCAAUACAAAGAACAUCCAUCAACCUUUGGAAACCAGUAAGAGAUGGACUCUGCUCUUCUGUGGAGAUGAAACCAGCUCUGUUUGGGGAGAAUUCAACAUCAGGAUGUUUGCUUCCUGUCAGCCGACUGAAUCUGACGCAGUGUGAUCUCCUGAGAGAGGCCGUUACUUCUCUACAGGAAUCUUUGGUCACAGCCACACACGUAGCAAAGAGUGGGAACCCUGACCCUUUGAUGCUGACGGACUGGGUGAACAUAAGCUAUGUAACAUUGAAUUCAACAGCCAUGGAGGACAGCCCAGCUUCAUGCAGCGGGAUUCCCUCCCAUCAGCACAUACAAGUCUGGAGUCUCAUCACCAGCAUGGUGGACGGCACACCACAAAGGGAAAUCAUCGAUGUAGAAGUCAGCUUAAGUCUGUCUUCCUGGGUGCUUGAUUGUGGAGGAGGGGAUAUCUCUCCAUGUGUGGACCCAACAGAGACUCAGCUGUUCCCCAUCACCUCCUCAGUCACUUUCAUAGACAUCCCCAUCGACACAGGACCGCCAAAAUCAAGGUUCCAGAUUAACUUCACUGAGUAUGACUGUAACAGGAACGACGUGUGUUGGCCUGAGCUUGCCUUCCCCCUCACGAAGCACUACACAGGUGAGCCGUAUUCUCAGUCACUGGCUAAAGGCCUCAUCUUGGUUUUCUUCUUCAUCGUGGCCUCGGUUCUUGGGACUCCGUGGAGACAAAUCCGUCAGGCAUGGGGCUGAUACCCCCUUCUGUGUUAAUUUGACAGUUUUAUCAUGACAUGGCUUCCAUGCUUUUAAUUUAUUUGUGAGAAUGUAAAUACUUUGUGCAGAAUUUUGUAAUAAAUAUACUAUUUUUAUGA